GCGAUUUUUUUUGCUUUUGACUUUUGAGGUUUAAAUUUUGUAUUAGGUCCGUUUAGCAUUUUAGCUGUUAGAUUUCAGUGCAUUAUAGUAAGUAAUUAUUUUCUUUCUAAUUUUGAGUAAGAAGUUCCUCGUAUUUUGAAAAAAUGUAGACUGAAAAGUUUUCAGGACGAAGUAUUUGUUUCUCUGUGCUGCAUGCCCUGCAUCCAUGAAUCAGUCAAAAUGAAGAUACGGCAGUUGCUUCGCACUGGCUGGAGGCAUCAUCUACAUCGUUCAUCUUUAUCUUCCCACCAUAUAUUUUAUGUUACUCUUGGCACUUUUUGCAUUGGCGUAUUUUAUUGCGAGUAUCUGAUUUAUUUUGCCAGCAUCUGGUGGUGCAGCUGGCCAGCGUUACAAUGCUUGGAUGGUCAAGGAGGAGAAGAAGCGCCACUUCGCGCCAUGAUAUUGGCGGACACCCAUGUUCUGGGUCCGUGGGCGCACUGGCUCGAUAAAGCCCGAAGGGAGUGGCAGAUGUGGCGAUCGUUCCAGACAGCGCUGUAUUUGCUGCAACCUGCUGUGGUUUUCAUAUUGGGUGAUUUGUUUGACAAAGCUGAUGUUACAUCGCUGCAACAGUUUGAGGAAGAUUUGCGAAGGUUUCGCGUAAUUUUUUCCGUUCCAUCUCAUAUUCCUUUAAUAUGUGCGGCGGGAAAUCACGAUAUCGGCUUUCACUACAAGAUUUCGGAUAAAGGCCGAUCGAGAUUUGAGAGACGGUUUGUUCCAAAAAGCGUUUAUCGGUAUUCACUCAGCGGAAUGGAUUUUGUUAUACUAAACAGUAUGGCAUUUGAAAACGAUGGUUGUACCAUGUGCAGAGAAGCUCAGAAACUGCUGUCCGAUCUAUCUCGAUCCCUGAAUAAGGCAGAAGUUCGGCCUGUAGUGUUACAGCAUUUUCCCUUGUAUCGUGAAUCGGACGCUGAAUGCUCGCAAGACGAUGCGGCCCCGUCUUCCGAAAAGAAUAUCUCGUUCCGACCAAAAUGGGAUUGCCUUAGCAGAGAAGCUUCCCAAGAGUUGUUGGAAAAAUUGUCUCCUCGCGCGCUAUUUAGCGGUCACACACACCACGGCUGCUACCAGGAGCAUUUUCUGCAGGACGGCGAGCCGGCUCCUGAAUGGACGGUUGCGUCAUUCAACUGGCGCAAUAAAAUAAAUCCGUCCUUUUUAAUGGUUUCGGUCUGCAAAUCGGAACUGAAGGUCGGCCGAUGCCAUUUACCCAACGAGCACACUGUGUUCUUUUUAUAUGGAUUGUUAAUUUCUUUGAUUGUUUUGGGUGGUCUCAUCAUAACAUUUCGUUUUAAAGCAAGCUCAAAAUUAAAAAAAUAAAGAGUGAUUAUUAUUUAUUAUCGGAUGCACGGAAUAAAGUCUA